AUGUCUGUCCCCGUUCCCCCUAUCCAGUCUUCUUCUCACACUCCUGCCCCGCCUCUACGACAACCCCUCCACACCUUCCCCCCAUCUCAUGACUCCAAUACUAUCAACCGUUCCUUGGGUGUUCCCCUCGCUGAACCCCCUUCUUACCUUUCGCCGGCGGUUCGCGCUAUCAAACAAGGCUCAUAUGGACUGACACCUCCCAGCAAUGCGCGCACCAGAGCCCCGUUCAAGCCGCGUUCUGCGGCUAGGGGAACGAGUAGCUAUCAGCUGAGACAAUUUGCCGAGGCGACACUUGGAAGCGGAAGCUUGAGGAAGGCCGUGAAACUUCCCGAGGGAGAGGAUUUGAACGAGUGGCUUGCGGUCAACGUGGUCGAUUUCUACAACCAGAUUAACCUUCUCUAUGGUUCUAUCACGGAGUUUUGCUCGCCGACGUCAUGUCCAGAAAUGAAGGCCACAGAUGAGUUCGAAUAUCUUUGGCAGGACUCGGAGAACUACAAGCGACCGACCAAGAUGACCGCCCCGGGAUAUAUUGAACAUCUAAUGAGCUGGGUGCAGAGCAAUAUCGACAAUGAGCAAAUGUUCCCUAGUCGAAUCGGUGUCCCCUUCCCCAAGACAUUCUCCAGUUUACUGCGCCAGAUCUUCAAGCGUUUGUACCGAGUGUAUGCGCACAUUUACUGCCACCACUACCCCGUUGUCGUUCAUCUUGGACUGGAGCCGCAUCUCAAUACCAGCUUCAAGCACUACGUUUUGUUCAUCAACGAACACCGAUUGGCAAGUGGGAAGGAUUUCUGGGGGCCUCUGGGAGAUUUAGUAGACAGCAUGCUGCGGAGUGACUAG